GGGAGCUUGGACAUCUGGGAAGCCAUGCCCAGGAACCAUCUGCUGAUUCAGCUCCUGUUUCAGUGAGCCCGGGAUAGGACACCGCGACCUGGAGGGGCAGAUCCUGCCCUCCUCAAGUCCCUGUGGAAGGAGAUCUCUCUUUUUUGCCAUGUCAUCUGACAGCCACCAGCUGCACACCCAUUGCUACCAGGACUCACUAAGUUCUACUUGUCACAGUCUCUUGAAUGUCAACAGUCACCCCCUGUCCAAGAGCUCCUCAAACCUGGCCUGUAUUGGGCACUCAAGGAGUUUAGAGGAAAGGCAAAACAAACAGGAGCUGAAGAAAAGCCAUAGUAGCACUAUCUGCCAUAUCUUGGAAAACAGGAGUGAUGCAAGGAGUGUGCAGAGUCCUGAAUGGUCCUCCUCACAGCCUGGGAUGGUGGGACUUGGAUCAGAGGUCCAAACUAUAAAUGACCAGUCAGCCAAUGACCAUUCAGAGGGAAGAACUAAGAGUACAAACCAUGUUCUUGUCACUGAACAAUCCUCAGCAUCCUGGGGAGUGGGGGACACUAAGAUGUGUGUGAAGAGCAGCACUGCUGAGAAUGUUUCUUCAGCCUGCUUUGUUCACCAGCAAGGCAUGUGUAAAAUGGAAGAAUCAGGACCUGCCCUCCAGAGAAGCCACUCAGACCUAACCUGCAGCUGCAAACAGCAGACUCAUGUCACUCACAUAGAAACCAUAGAAAGCAGUGCUACUCACUCCAGCCUCAGCUCUUCUGGCUGCAGGCAUGGUCCACCAGAGGCUAGGAUGUCUUUCCAAAUGCAGAGAUAUGGAUCAGAAACAAAUCAAAAUACAUGUCACUAUCAAAACCUUGUGACUCAUCUUCCAGUCAUACCUAGGGACCAACAAGUACCCACAAAUACCUUUGACAGUGGCAGUAUUCCACGUAACACCACUGUUUACACAGAUCCUGGCACAUUUCACACUGCUGUUCUAGGACCCCACAUGCCUGGAAACAGUUUUCCAAACAGGACAACGUUCAGUCAAGCCCCUGGGAUUAUUCAUGGUGGUCUGACUUAUGGUAGUAUUCCAAACUCUGCCUACUCCCCCAUGGUGAUGACGGUUCACAACAACUCAGUGGGGCCCUGCAGUCUCAGGCAGGAUGCCUUGAAGGCAGAUGCCACCAUCCCGGCCUAUUGUCACUCCGUGCCCAUUCCAUCCAUCCAGCUCAUUCCACGCUUGGUGUGCUCUGUCAGUGAGACAGGAAAAGAGCAGACAGCACCUGGCUACUUCCAUUCCUUUUCUGCUUCUGACAUUCUGACAUAUCCUAAGCUGGUGUCUUCAGUAAGUGAAUCGGGCCUGGAUGCCAAGAAAAUCCUGAAGUGCUGUAACGUUCCUGAAGAACAACUGCAACCUGCUCCGCAGGAGAGAGCUCCUCCAGAAGCCAAGGCUGCCCAGGUUGCUCUGAGCAGCCAGCAAGGUGCAGACGUGGCAGUGACAACUAAGGAUAUGUGGACUAUGACCUCUAUGAAUGACAUAACCAAAGGCCUGAAACCGGCUCUGGAGCGCAGAGAUGCCGAGGUACAAACUCUUCCAACCAUGGAAUGCAAAUCGGUGGCAACAAGCCCAGCAGCUGCAGCAGAAGGUCACUCACACGUGUUCCCAGAGGUGAACCUGGAGCAAGGCUUGGAGGCCCCCAAAUCUCCAGUUCGUGAAGUGAGAUGGGAUGAUGAAGGAAUGACGUGGGAAGUGUAUGGGGCAUCUGUGGAUCCAGAAGUCCUUGGGGUAGCCAUUCAAAAACAUCUCGAGUUUCAAAUAGAACAGUUCCAGACAGUGCCUGCUGAGGCAGCUGAGAAACAUAAUGAGGAGCCAGCCCCUGAAAAAACUGUGAAAAAAAGGCCUUUCAGAACAAUGAUGCAUUCCCUGAGAUACCCAAGCUGUUGUGCUCGCUCCAGUACGGCAGUGGAGUGAGCACAGCUGCAGGUUUAGGAAAGCUGUGCUGCUUUUAAAUUGUACAUAAAUGCUGACUCUUAAGUGUGAACACAGUAUAUGUGGACAACCCACAUGAGGAUAAGUGGGAAAAGUUCAGUGAUCAUCAAAUAUACAUUAAAGCAAGGAGAAGUCCAUGGCUGGACCAUCUCACAGAAAACAUAAGAUUACACUUAUAUAAUGCCAUCCAAAUGCUCUUGACUGUAUUUAAUGUAGCACUGUUUCCUUCUACAUUAGUUUUAAACUGUGUUGUAAGGAAUGGAACUUCUUUUUUAAUGAUACAUAUUUUUGAA